AUGAUCUACCAAACUUACAUGAAGCAACAACUCCAAGAUCAAUUAGUUGAGCUGCAACUAUGUCUCAAAGUGCUGCCAAUGGACAUCCCCGUUCCACUAGCAGCAGAAUCCAGGUACAAAUUCUCCGACUUCAGCACAGAUGCCGAAUGGGCUGUGAACAUUGGCGAGGCUGGUGCUGUCAAUCGAGAAUUAGAAGUUAGGUUUGGCAGUUGUGUUGACGACCUGAAACUCAUGGAGCGAGGACCUGAAACAGAGGCUGUCGUGGAUGUUUUGGAAACAUGGAUUGAAAAAUGUCCAGGUGACAUCAUCCUCGAGAAGUGGUUACCAAAGUCUUCGCAUCAGUCAAAUGUCCAUCCAGACAUAGAGCUUGUGUCGAGUCAGUCAAUGAAGGCAUCAAAGAAGAAAAAGAGCAACAUUGAGUCUGACACAUCUGUCAUGCACCUAUACACAGAUACCAAACAGAUACCUGCAAAGGGGAAAGGUGGUGCAAAAGUUGAUCCUCUGAUGGAUCUUCUCUCUGACCCCCAGAAAAUGAUCGUUUGGUGUGCUGGAGCUGAAUACGGAUGUGCCACAACAUGGGCUGCACCUCAUUGGAAGACCCGAGUAUUUGGACAUGCAUUACCAUGUGGAAAACUGAACAAGAUCAAUUUAACACUAUGGGAUCGUGUUCGCACUGCUAUGGCCAAGGAAUCUUUAGGUGAUCGUGUUGAAGCACUUAAAGACCAACUUGACUUCGAUGUCUUGAAACUCAUCUGUAUUGGUGGUAUUCCACUAACAAAAGUUGAUUCAACAGAAUGGAAGACAAUGUGGAAACACGGAAAUCCUGACUAUGAACCAGCAUCUUGUGCAGUACUCACCAAAUCACAAAUCCCGAACGAGGCAGCUCGCAUUGAAGAUUUGCAAUUGCAACACCUUCAUACCUGUGACAACCUUACCAUCACUUUCGAUGGAAACACCACAAAAUUGCCUGAGUCUGUUUAUACCAUACAUGUGAUCACUCCAGUGCAUUGGGUCUUUUUGGUGGAAGGUGACGAGUCAUCGGAAGUAUCACAUACUGGAGCAAAGAUACAUGAAGUAUUGAAAAAGGUUGGAGCCAAACAUUUUAGUGGUGUGGCUUCGGACAACACUGGAAAUACGACAUUGGCUUGUUCACUCUUGCAGGAUGAAUUUAGUUGGAUCAUUAUUCUCCCUGACUCGUGUCAUCGCAUGAGUUCAUUAUGCAAGGAUAUUGGUGAUCAAGAAGAUACGUUAAACAAUCAAGAUCUACAAAUCAAGAGAGGACUCGUGUCAGUUGGUAAAACACGCUUCGGAACCAUUUAUCAUUCUGGAGAGUCACUCCAUUGUUGCCUCAAGCCUAUCCGACAAUUGUGCACCGAAAAGAUUAUCAACAUACCAGAAGUCAACAAUUACUUUAUCAAAGUGCUUGCUCCAAUUGCGAAGGCUAUAACAUGCCUUGAGUCUACUCACUCCACUGUGUCAGACGUAUAUCUCUUCUGGUUUGCUGUCACUGUGACAAUACACCAAAUUAUCACCAAGGAUAUCACUGAAUUCAGAGGGGCAGAUAUUCUCCUGGACUUGAACCCACUGGCCAUUGCUCGUAUCAAGAUCGGAGGCCAAAUGAAUCACCCCCAGGACAAAGAACUCCCAGAUUCAGUUUACCCUUUCAAUUGUGAACUUCGAACUGAUGAGUUGGCAUAUGAAUGGUGGAGUUAUCUGGAUAAAGAUCAUUCUGGCGAUGCUCAGCCACUCGCGGUGAAAACACUUGUCAGGACUGUCCAAAUCCAUAGUUGGUACAAACACAAUCCCAGUGCACCACCUCCAAAAAAGAAACCAACUGUCAAAUGGCGAAAUAUGUCAUCAACCAUUUUUGGUGGCAAGCGCAAGCGAGGGAAGGAAGAUGAAAAUGAUGAUGAUGAUGAAACUUCUGAUGUGGACGACAAUUUCACAGAUGAACUUGAAGCGGGGCCUGACGAGGAUAACAACGACUCGGACUUGGAUGUUGCUGACCCUGAGGAUAUAGCAGAAGACAGUUCAAGUAAAGCAGAUUCUUUUGACGGCAUGGCAGAUGCAGCACUGGACGAAGCAGAGAGGGAGUUGAGAGAUCUUGCUGAGGAUCUUGAUAUCAAAGAUGAGCAGACCAGAGGUGAAUGGGAGGGGAAGGAAGAUGACAAUGAUGAUAUAGGUGAUACUGCAGAUGGCUGGAUCAAUGAGGUAGCUAGACUCCCCAUGGCUGACCAUAAUGAACUUGAGGAAAACAUAAGGCCUGUCAAGCUGGUGUUGGUUAAAGUCAGUCACCAAACCAAAGUCUUAUAG